AUGUCGACCCGAGAGAGAGGUGCGCUCGGCUCGGCAGCGCGGCAGUGGCCAAUGGGACCUUCGGGUAAUUGUAUUAAUCAAGGACGACGGGGUCCCGGGGAACACAGCGAUGAUACUUGUUCACGGGCAGUGGAGGAGUCCCUUGUCACCUCUCCACAAUCAAGCAGCACCAAGCCUCACGGCCCGUGGGGACGGGUAUUAUUAUGUAUGACCCCCCCAACCUCAGCAGGGAGCAUUGGCGGGCACAGCGUUGCGUCAGGCCCAGAAAUGGAAGCGGGAUUCAAGAUCGGUAAUUCGAGGUUGACUAGCUGGAGUCGGUGGUGGUUGGUGGGGAUCUUGGGCAGAACGGCUGUGUUGGUCGGCAAUGGAAUGCUAGCACGUGAUGUGGGGAAGGAAUGA